CUGCAGGGUUCCAAUUCCUCUUGAAGUGAACAGUGUGGUUCUGUUGCACACUCAACAUCACACAGGAGCAUCUGAGGUCGACGACAGCAGAGCAUUUGAGGAGGAAAAAGCAACAAACGCAUACAGAGAAAGAAGGCUCCAAUGGCCAGCAACAACACCACCAGCAUAGCGCAAGCCAGGAAACUGGUAGAACAGCUCAAAAUGGAGGCCAACAUUGACAGAAUAAAGGUGUCCAAAGCAGCCGCAGACUUAAUGGCCUACUGUGAAGCUCAUGCCAAGGAGGACCCUUUAUUGACUCCUGUCCCUGCUUCAGAAAACCCAUUUAGGGAGAAGAAGUUCUUCUGUGCCAUUCUGUAAACCUCACAGGAGCCUGACUCCGAUUUGGGCUACCCUGGACACUGAUGUAGAGAUUUUUUCAGCACUGUGGACAUGUUUCCAGAGUCCACCAAAUUAAAAAUAAAAUCAAACAGCCUGGAAGUUUACAGGGAAGUAAGUGCAUGAUGAAAAAAAAGAAUUGUCUGCCUUCAUUGGAGGAUUUGAUGAUGUUGAUCCACAUCAUGAGGCUAAAGAUCUUGACAUCUGCAGAAUUGCCUGGAGAGGGAGGGGGAAAUGUGUAAAAGAGUUGAUUUAGUGUCCAAUUUGCUCUUGCCAAACAAACCCCUUUUGUCUUUUUUUCCCAAAAAUAUUAAAAUAAAAUUAAAAAGAGGGGAUGCAGAGCAAAGCUGUGUGUGUGUGUGUGUGUGUGUGUUUGUAGCCUUAUGAAUUUUUCCCCUGUUGCUUUUCCCUAAAUGUCUCUUUUAUUUAUGUUCAAUUGUAAAAUAAUUGCAAUAGGUUAGAUUUAUUAUGACAUUUCUUAAUGUGGGGUCUUUGUGUGUAUUUAGCAUUUUAUAGUUGUGCCACACAAGGGCAGGGAGCACUGGGCGGGGGGCGGGAGAGAGAAUCUGCAGCCACAUUGGUCUAAAAACAACUUUUUUGAUGGCGGAUUUAGCUGAAAAUGUGUCUUAGUUUUGAACAGCCCAUGGGGGCUAUCUUGUGCAUUCCUAGUAUACUUAGUACCUCUGUUUUCUAACAUUUGUAUUUGGUAGCUUUUGUUCUGCAAGUAAACUGUAUGUUGUGAUGAGUA